GGAAAUGAGAAAAAUCUGGGGUUUUAUAUUAUUCUUUAGUCAUGAAGUCCUUUAUUUUGGUAGUUUUCCUGGUCUUCUUAACAAAUGCUUACGCGCAAAAGCCACGUUUUAUUGGAAAGGAGAACUUUGACUAUUCCAGCCCUGAAAAUUUCAGGGAAAGCACAAAACGCUUUGGGAAGGUAACAUUAUUAGAAAUACAGCGUGAUGCACAAGACGUUCAUAAGGUUCUCGACAAAAAAGUGAGGAACAUUUCAGACUCAUUGACAAUUCUGGAGAGACAAACCAUUGCGGACAUAAAUGACCGCUACCUAAGCUACAAGAGACCUUACGAUGCAAACAAACAUAAUACCGACACCUAUCAGUGUCAACUAGAUGCUUACAUUAAUGUUUUAAGCGAUCUGGAAGGCCUUCCAGGUAAGGUCAAACGCUGUCACAGAAUGGCGGAAGAAAUCGUUGAACUACUGAUUCCCGAUUUCCUGUCGAAAAUCAACACGCCCCUAAGCGAAUUGCAAGUUAAGGCGGAUGCAAUCAGUAAUUGCGCAUUCCCUUGGCUUCUUGACAGGGUUGAAAGAUGCGCAGUGAAUAAGGCAGAAAAGCUAAUGAAGGAAUUAGAGGCGGCCACUGAAUUGUUGAAAAAAACUUACAGAGGCAGUCUUAAGGCACUGACCGUUACACGUGGUACGAUGGAAACCUGUGUGAAAGAAUUUACUGACAAGGCUGCAUCCGCAGAGGAGAAAGUUAUUAUCGAACUAGAAGCAUGUGAUGAAAAUUAAGGUAGAACAUGUUCCCUUGGUUAUUUAUGUAGCAAGAAUAAACUGCAAAUAAAAACUGAGUCCUAAA